CACAUUAGGCUGCUAUAACCAUGCUUUCCCCACAGCAGAUGUGCACACCCCAUCCUCAUUCACUUUCUCUACUGGCCGUUUGUCAAGAAUUUCUUGUGAUUGCUUUCUUAUUCUAAUUGGCUCACUGUCAUCUGUUCUCAUUGUCACAUCACACAUCAAGUCCAGUACAAUAUCUUUAUACAUCGUCUCAUCCAUAGCUUUCUCCAAAUAGCGACAUGGAACUGGAAACUGUUGAAAAUCUGGAAGAUUACUGUGCAGCAUUUGUUUCUUGUGUGGUGCUGCAAGCUGUUCAGCGCUAUGUUCUGGUGGAAAUCAAACAAAGGUUGACCAGUAUUUCAAAUGACACAGUGACUGAUAAAUCUAAACUAGAUUUUGAAGAUUUAUUCCAGCCUUUACCAGAAUCAGAUUGGAUUCCCAAUGAUCAAAUCAACCAUUGGAGCGAGACAUCAAUUAAAACAAUGCAUGCAUGUCUGGAUAUCCAGCUGAUUAUUGAAUCUUGCCAGAGAGCUCUAGUUAGUAUUCAUAAGUCAUUGCUAAGUGGCAACAGAGAGGAUAUGCUGCAGAAUAAUUCCCAGGCAUUUUCUGUAGCCUUAAAAUCUAAACCUCAAGUAUUCCAACAUGAUGAUGGAUUUGUACAAUUCUGGGAUAAGUUAAAUGAGCUUACCCCUGAUUAUUUAAGAACUUUAUCAUUAAAUAAUCAAUCAUUGAUGCCAACAGCAGAUGGAAAACGGCGGAAAAUGAGUUCCUCCCGUAGAGUGAAUGCUAGAGAAUAUAUUGGCAGUUUGUUUAUUUCAUGUUUGCGCAGAAGGCCAAGGAUGGAAUCCCGUAAAGAUGUGAAAUCUUUUUAAAAUAUCCUGUACCAUUACUGUUAUAAUCUCUUUGAAAUGAUAUUUAUUAAUAUCGAAUUAGCUCCUAAAACAUUUUCAUAACAAUUAUCAAUGUUGGUUGUUCUCAUUUUGUGCCAAAUUCUAGCAAAUAGUGUGACUAACAAAUUGGGUGUAAACAUGUCUUGUAGUUGGGUUGAAAGAAUGAACAGAUCAUUGUGAAUAAUUAUCUCCUGUAAGUUCAUUAUAAAAUAUUGUUGGCUAAUUAAGUAAAAUUGUUUUAAAAGAAAGAUACACUUAUAUAUAUGUGAAAUUGUUUCAAUAUUGUUUUAAAUAUUGGUCUGCAAAUUUAAAAUAUUAUGAUUUAAUACUUCUUUCUUUUAAAUUUCCAGUGAGCUGCUUUUUUUUUUUUUUUUUUUUUUUUUUUACAUGGAGAUUAAUUAUUACUGUUAAUUAUAAAAAUAGCACAGUGAUGAUGGGUGGUAUAAUCAGAUGAGAUACUUUACUAUAACUAUUUCAGUACUUCACUGUGCUAGGUUGAAAUUCUGCCUAAGUCCACUUUUGCCAUUUAUCUAUUCAAGGUUAAUAUAAAACCAAAUUAUGACUCUCGUAGACUACUGGUUUGAAGAGUGGGGGAAGGUUUAUGACCCUAAAGAUUUUAUUUGUGUAGUAUAUAUUAAGUAAAUCAGCCUGAUAGAAUCCAUCUCGUCUAAUGUAUACCUAUGCUGAAAUUUGAACUCAACAGUGGAAGCAUGUCAAUUAUACAGUGCUCUCCUUGAUUUUAGUAGUGUAUGGGACCUAUUCUUUAAUAUAUCAACUCUCAACCUUUGAGCUUUAGGCUAACACUUCAUUGACUCACCUAACUGCAGCUCUACUCAAACUAAAUACUAGUGAUAUACUACUGUUGAUUCAGUAAGCUAAAUACAUACUUAAUGCAAAACAUCUGUUCUUCCAUUUAAAAGAAAUUAAAGUUGUAAUUAAUUUCUGCCAACGAAAGUGAUUAAUUAAAAUACAAUAUUUCAUUUAAUUUAUUCAUUUUACAAAGAACUAAUCAAUAAUACACUGUAACUAAUACAUUAUGUAUGUAACACUGUACUACGUUAGAUAUGUUACACACUAGAAUUUACAAUAGAAUCUGCCUACUAUUGCAAUCACAACCAUUAUACAAUUAAAUGUUUUUUAAAACAUGCUUUAAACAUUUUGAAAUCCCCAACAAAAUAAUGAACUUAUUAAACAUACUUUACUUAAUACAGUUCUAUAUUUAAGAGAUGAGGAAUUAUGUACAUUAUUUACAAUUGAUGGAUAUUUGUCCUCAUCUUGUUUGUUGUUAACACAACGUUUCGGCUGAUAUACCCUCCAGCCUUCAUGAGGUUUCUUGGGAAAUUUCAAACCUGGGUUCUCAUUCCUAAGGUAUUUUUUGAUGUUAUUAUUGUUAUUAUUAUUAUUCAGGUCACUGCCUGGAAUCGAACAUAGAAUCUUGGGGUUAGUAGCCCGCGCUCUUAACCACUACGCCAUAUGUCUGUGGGCGCAUGGACAUAUGGUGUAGUGGUUAAGAGCGCGGGCUACUAAGCCCAAGAUUCCGAGUUCAAUUCCAGGCUGUAACCUGAAUAAUGAUAAUAAUAAUAAUAAUAAUAACAACAACAACUACAACAUCGAAAAAUACCUUAGGAAUGAGAACCCAGGUUCGAAAUUUUUCCAAGACACCUGAUGAAAGCUGGAGGGUAUAUCAGCCGAAACAUGUUAACAAACAAGAGGAGGACAAAUAUCUGUCAAUUGUAAAUAAUGUAAAUAAUACUUUACUUACUUGCACAUAUGUGCAAGUAUGUCUGUAUAUAAGAGCAAUGCAAUAUGUCAGCAUAUCUGCAAUGACUACAGAAACCUUAUCAUUUACUAAAGUAAACUACAAAAAACAAUUAGAAUCCUAAAUAAGGCAAUUAGCAGAAGAUAUUUCCAGAAUAUGGGUCUGAAGUACUUGAAAAAAAAUGCUAUUAAAUGAUCAUAGUUAGUGUCAAAAACUAAAGCAGGAUCACAUGGAGUAGAAAUUAUAACUGAAAAUAACUAAAAGAUUUAGAAAUUAUAAAUAAAUGACUAAACAAUACAGUGUAUGGUGCUUGACUUGGGAAUUCAGUAUCCAUGUCUCAUUGCUAUGUUGUAUCACACUUUUUGCACUUACUUCAUACAGUCUACUUUUUAUAAAGAAAAAGAAAUCCUUUUUACCAGAAGAGUUAACAGCUCACUUUCUCCCACCUCUUUUAUACUCUGGCUAAUAUAUUUUUACUUCAACUAAACCAAAUGAUAAGCACUGCAAAUCAAAGGGAGAUGAAUGUAUGAAUGAAAUGACUAGAAUAAUGAAGCAAAACAUUUUGUAAUGUUAUUAUUCUUGAAAGAGGAGUGAUAGUUAUUUAUUUUACAAAGAGGACAGAUGAAAUUAACUCCUGAAAUUCAAGUUAUCUAAAGAUGUAAAUAACAUUCCAAAGUUUACAGCAGAAGAAACUCUGCAAUAUAUUAUUGUUUUUACAAUGAGUUAUAGUAGAAAUAUACUUACUCUCUACAAAUGAUGUCUUCAGGGAUAAAAACUGGAGAUUAUGAUGAAUGAAACAGCAAUCUUUAAAAAAUAUCUAAUGUUUUGAAACUGAAUUAUUAUUGUUAUUUGGUUACAAAAAGCUUUAUGACACUAUUGUUUUUUAUUGUUUGCAUUCUGUAAUUUUCUUCGAAUAAAAUUUUGUGAGAUGUUUGUUAAAUAUAAAAAGAAACAAUAAAAAUAAGCAAACAUAGUUUGCCUCACUGGAAGUCUCAAGUAUUAUUA